AUGUCGCGGAUCCUGCUGGCCACAUAUCGUUCGAUCGUGGCCACUGGCGCCAGCCCACUUGCAAACCCGGUGGCCCUGAAGCAGUUUGGCAUCACCUGGGCCGGCCUUUACGUGAUCAGCAACAUCGUCCGGCCCGUGCGGAUUAGCAUCGCUCUUGCCAUCUCUAAGCCUUUCGACAACAUGGUCAAUGGGCUUCAGGACAAGUUUGGUUGCAAGCGCUGGAUGGCUGUCGGACUUGUCGUCUUGCUGCUGAAUGUUGUGCUCACCAUUGCCCUGCUGUGGGGUGGCCACGGCCCAGCGUGGCUGGCUGCUCUGUCCAUGUGUGGGCAUCCAGCAGACAAGGGCACAUAUCUGCAAGGGCACAACAGCUUAAAGGAAGGUGCACUUAAAGUGGCAGAAGUUGAUGGGCGCGGCUCAGCCAGAAAUGACAUGAGCCUCUCACAUCUGAGAACCGGCGUCAAAGUGGAUCCCUCGCAGUUCGGCACGCUGGUGAAAGCAGGGCGUGACUGGUACCUGCUAGUGGGUACGCAGAUGGGCACGCUGCAGGCCUUCAAGAUUGCCGACCUCCUCAUGGAGCUACCGAUCUGGGGAAGGAUUGCACCGCACUUGCCGAACAAGGAAACCUCGCGGCGCAAAGGUCGAGCCAAGACAAUGCGAACUUCCGUUUUGAAGAGCAAGGAGGCUGACGGGCGCCUUGCGGAAAUCGAGAAGGAGCAUGAGGCUGCCCUGGAAGCCUCCCGGACACCGGGGCAGCGGCCCUUUCCGCCCAGCGUGCCGCAGCUGAAGCUCUACAGCCGCUGGAGGCGCCAUGACUAUGCUAUCGAGUUUGUGAAGUCCGUUGCAGACCUCAUCCUGACCAUUGACACGAAGAAUGGUCUGAAAGUUUGCCAGGCGGAGGACAGCCGAAUCCUGUUCCGAUUGCUUCUUCCAGAGUUUUCAUGCUUGACACCAUACCUGGCAUCCUCGGAGCCACUUCCGGAGGCUGAUAUCGAUGUCGAGCAAGCCCAGAUCCGGCAUACCGCGGAGGCCCUGUGCGCUUCAAGCCUCGUCUUGGCGGUCCGGGCAUCCGAGGGAUGUCAGGACAUCGACCCGACAGAGCGUGUCGACUGCAUGAAGAUGGAUGAAGGCUCUUGCACUGCGGCUGGCUGCUGCUGGUCUCCCGUGGAUCCCAACCCCGAGAAUCUGCCUUGGUGCUUCUUCAGUGACAAGAAAGUGCAGACCUGCAAGCUUGGAGCUGACCCCCAAGCUCCCUUCUCCGACGCAGAGAUUCAGGAGGUCAUCAAGUACUUCGAGGCGAACCUGAAUGCUGAAGGAACUGGCGAGGUGAUGGCCUCGCCAGACCAUGCUACCGGGCCUGGGGGCGACUACUACUUUGCGUGGGCCCGUGAUGGUGCCUUGAGCAUGAAUGCGUACCUGCAGUCCAAGGGUUCUUUGCAGGAGGUGGAGGAAAAGAUGGAUUCCUGGAUCUCUUGGUUGGAGAGAUCUCAGAACCAGCCUGAUCCGAACAACAUCAACAUCCUGGUAGAGCCGAAGUACCUCAUCCCAGAGGGCACGCCUUACACGGGCGGGUGGUGCCGGCCGCAGAACGAUGGCCCAGGCCUCCGUGCCAUCACUGCCAUGGCGUACGCUGCCUUGAAGCCUGACAUGGGCAAGCGCAUUUGGACCUUGGUGAAACAGAACCUGGAUUGGGUGGCGCAGAACUACGACAGUGAGACCUGCGACCUCUGGGAGGAAGUUCGCUCCACCAACUUCUUCUGGAACCGAUACACCAUGCGCAAGGCUUUGAAGCUGGGCGCUGAGUUUGCGAAGUCCGUCGGAGAUGACGAGGGCUCGGCGGCUAUGUACAGCUCGCAUGCCGAUUCUAUCAGCAAGUUGCUGUCUUCCCAUGUGGACUCAGACGGCUUCGUGUUUGAGUCCACCAACCGCCGCAAGGACACUGCGGUGAUUGAGGCAUUCAAUGUUGCGGACAUGGACGACGGAGUUUUCUCGCCGCUCAGCAAGGAGGUGGUCACCACACUGUCAGGUCUGAGCCAGCUGUUCUGCCGAAGCUAUGCCCUAAAUCAGGAGGCAGCUUCGAAGGGUACGCCUGGAGUCCUCUUCGGUCGCUAUGAAGGUGACAGCUAUGCUGGGGGGAAUCCGUGGGUAUUGCUGACGGCCUCUGCAUCAACGCUGCUCUACCGCCAGGCAGCAGCUGCAGCCCACACGCCCCCAGCAGCGGAGGCCAAGCAGCUGCUAUCCGACCUUCUUGGCCGUGAGCCAACACCGCAGAACCUCCUCGGGGCUGGUGACGCCCUUUUGCUCCUGAUGAAAAAGUAUCUGUCCAAUGGAAUGCGCAUGAACGAGCAGAUUGACCGCAAUACCGGCGAGCUCAAGUCUGCCCAGGACCUGACCUGGAACUACUCCAACAUUCUGAAGGCGAUGAAUGCAAGAAAGGCUGCUGCGGACAUGCUGAAGAAGACGGACCAUUCAGCGCGGCUACUGGGCAUGACCCUGGGCAAUUCAAGAGGCACGCUGGAGAUGGUGGAGCUUCCUUGGUCCACACCCGAUGUGGAGGUGUUUUCCUCGCAAGCCUCCCACGCUGGGCCGGUCCUGCAGGUUGACUAUCUGCUCCCCUUUGAGAUUUUUGUGUCUGUCGGAGAGGAUGACACAGUUCGGUUCUGGUCCUCUGCCCUGCAACUCCUCAGAGAGGUGUUUUUCCCACAGCCCUGCUCGACGGUGGCAUUCCUUCGGCUGCCUGACAUGGACAGCAACGCUGGCCAUGGGGACGUGCUUGUGGGCUUUGCCGCGCACGUGGAGAGGGUUCCGAUGGAGGUUUGGGCACGCGGCGUGAAGCAUGAGAGGUUGG